CACAGCGCGCGUUGCUGGCCUGUCCUCCCGCAGCGAUGGUGGGCAUGAGCGUUCUCAGGGCUGCUGCUGCCUUUGCAGCCAGACUGAGUCCACUAAAAUCUGGAAGUACCGCGGCGAAUCUACUCACUCGAACAAUCCCACGGACAGAAAAGGUGGCUGUCCGUUGGGGCCAUGGAAAGGAACUGUUUAUCAUCAGACCCACUAGCUUCUAUGACAAAAGAUUUCUGCGCUUACUGCAAUUUUACGUCCUGUUGACUGGUAUCCCAGUGGCUAUCAUCGUCACAAGUGUGAAUGUCUUCAUUGGUGAGGCAGAGCUAGCUGAAAUUCCGGAGGACUACGAACCUGAGCACUGGGAGUAUUACAAGCACCCCAUCACCAGGUGGAUUACAAGAUACCUGUAUGACUCCCCAGUGAAGGACUAUGAAAAGAUGAUGGCUGCGAUCCAAAUAGAAAAGGAAAAGGGAGACAUGAGACUGACAGAGCUGGAGGUUCGUCGGGAGAUGAGGCAGAAAGGAGAUGGCCCUUGGUUCCAGGUGCCGACCCUUGACAAGGAGCUAAUCGACCACAGCCCCAAGUCUUCACCUGACAAUUAACGGAGAUGUCAUCAGUGCAUCAUGCCAGUCAAUCUGUUUGUAAAUUAUUCCCCUCUUGCGUAAAUAAAGUAUCAAUGUACUUCGA